UUCCACAGUUGGCGUUCGAUCGACCCACUCGUUAAACGCAGAGCAACGCGUGCUGGGUGCUGCGCUCAAUGCGACAGUCGUCGACAGAGUGUAUUUGGAAGCGAACCACAUCGUGUGGAAGUUGAAAAUUUUCGUCCUUCCAUUUAACAAAUUAACAAAUAACGCCCCGACGCGAAGAAAAUAUUUCCAAAAAUUUACACACAAUUUUCCGCAUCUCCACAACCGAAGUCUGCACAGGCAGCCAAAAACUGAACAAGAAAAAUUCAAACAAAAAAAAAAAAAAACAGACAUCGUCUGAUUAUCCGAGUAAAUUUUACCAAUUAUCGUGGUCCUGUGGAUACCGAGUCUCUAACCGAGUGCAGGUCACGAAUUUUCAAGGUCGCCAGUAUCCGUUGCCUUAGCUAUUUUUUAUCCUAUAAAAUUAUAUCAGUGAAAUGGUGCCUAUUUUACAGUGAACCACGUGACGGUAUGCGGUAACAGGUUUUCAUUUUCAUUUUGGUUUUGUUUUUUUUAUUUUAUUUUUCAAAAACCGGCUCCCACACAACAUCGAGCAAUCGCGGUCGAAAAAAUUUACAGCUAAUUGCAACGAUAACUGAUUUUCAAACCGUUUCAAUAUUUAAGAUAUUUCAUACGUGAAAAAUGAUUUUUCAAGGAGAGACGAUGCUACAGCAGCAAAUCCUGCUUCCAGUUCGUUUCAAGAUAAGAGCACUGUCUGAAAAUUGAAGAACCUGUAACGUCGGAAGAAGAUAGAAAAAAAAACCAUAUUCGAUUCCAUUCCGAACAUCAGAAUCGCUGAUGAUUCGAAGGGAUCACAUUUCAUAAUUUCCAAUACUAAUAUCAACCGUAGGAUCUGUUGGGACUCAAAAUUCAAACUUUGUCAACAUUUUUGAUUUCAAUUUCUUUAUCUGCUCUUCGAACCACCGACUAAUUCGCUGCUAUCAAGAUAUAAAACGGCAUGACUAGGUCCCUUUGUAACAUGGAGUGUAUUAAGGGAUGUAAAAUCCCUCUGGGAAUUUUAGCGCUCCUUAUCUGCACCAUAGCCGCAUUCUUCGUACCAGAAAUAGAUGCACUUGAAGAAAAUUGUACCGAUUUUCAAGGUGGGACCGUAACGCAUGGACUUCUUUACGUUCCGGGACCUGCUGUUUGUAGCCUGUGCGUUUGUUAUCACUCAGAGCCGAUGUGGUGCAAAGCUAUUUAUUGCACACCACCUUACAAGUGUAAACGGUUCCGUGUAGGUGAAAGAUGUUGUGAAUUUGAGUGCUUGGAUGGAACUGAUGCGGAUUGGAGUGGACCCGACUUAAUUAUCGCAGCUGGUACUUCUAGUUUCGAUCAGAGAAUAUCGCUUUUUGUUGCAACGCUUGUUGUCGUAUUGAUGGCUCCUUAGCAAGAAAAAGCAAAUUGUUUAAGGAACUUUUUUGGUCCUUUCAUUGAUUAUUAUUACUACCAUUGCUAUUUUUUUUGUCUCUGCUUUCACACUCUGCAAGGAGCGCGGAGAUUUUUCAUGUAUUUGGGGGUGAAUAAUUCUGAGACGAAACUAUUUACGUAAGAUUUAUUCAAGUGAACGCUCAGAAUUAUUGUUCCGCAAUAAUUUCGCAUACAUAUGACACAUCAUCGGGUAGAGGCAUUAAUUUGCCUUCAAAGCUAUAGAUAAAAUGGUGGAGAAUUAAUAAUUACCAAAUAUUACAAAAAUUAAUAUUCUCCGAGGUAAGUAAAAUACAUAUAUAACGUUAAAAUUAUUAUCUAAUAUGUGAUACAAUUUUUUAUAUACAUAAAUAAAUUAAAUUACAUAACAAUUUUAUUAUACAGAGAUAUAUGUGUUAUACGCUUGCGGGUUGGGAUGUAUAUGUUAGAAAUUAUGAUAAAAUAUUUUAUGGCUGACGGCACUUUGCCAGAUUAUAAAAUAGCAUGAAUUAUUUCGGGAAAAACUCAACUAGAAUUAGCCAGAUAUUUACCUGGCCUCUACAGUUUUUACUACUGAAAAAACGAUUGAAAAAGAAGACAGACAAGAAAUAAGAACAAAUGCAUCUGAAAAUUCAUAUGCUUAUAUACUUGGAUAAAUCGGUCAAAUGAACUGGGGCAUCAUUUUUCGGUUUGAAAUUGUGUUACUGCAUUCUGAUAUGUGAUAGAAAUUUUGCAGUCAUUAAUCCCGUUAUUGCAGUAAUUGGUCCAAUUCAUGAGUGUUUAUCCAUUUUUUUCUUCAACGUAUGCGAAGUUUUUUUAGCCGUCGAAGAAUUUUUUUAUAUUUUUCAUUUUUUGCGACGCGGAUUUGCUAAAUAUGCAGCCUACGUGAGAAUCAAGUACAAUAUAUUCGAUAUUCCUGUACAGGGUUUAGAAGAAAAUAAAAUUGAUAGAAACAAAGAACAAGAAAUCGAUUUAAGAAAUAAUCCGAUGACAUAUUGAUAUGUAAAUAAUUUCUAUAGAGCCAUUUGCAAUUAAAUUCCAUCCAUUCGAAUAACAUUAUCAAUUUAUCCCUAUGAUCACAUAUCAUUCCAUGGUAAUAAAAGAGACAGAAACAAUAACAUUUUUAUUAUAUAGUGAAUUUAGAUAUAAGCCGUGGGUACUUUUACGCUUUUUGCAAAGUCAUUCUAAUAAAAAUAAAAAAAACUAGUAUCACUUUUAUCGAUUUGUACUGCUAAGAAAAUUUGAUUUCUUCAUCUUCUAAUCAUGAAAUUAAUUGAUCAAGUAAAGUGAUAGCUUGAAUUUCGGAAAGAUGUUUUUGACAACAGACGCAAGACGGUAAAUCUAUUAAUUCUUCUAUUAAGUAAUGUAAAUAAUUGCAAGAUAAUAAUUAAAUGAUAUAUUAUUCUUAAGUGAAAUAUGUUAAGUUCUAAUUGAAAUGUUUAUUGAGGAAUCAUAUAACAUGGGGCCUUUUUAAGUAGAAAUAUAUAAUUAUUCCAAAUUUCCAUUGUAUUAUAUAAAUAUACAGAGUAUACAUGUUUAUACAUGUUUAUUGAUUGUUAAUUAUAAUGAAGCGUGCUGAACAAUUAUUGAUGGAUAAUUUUCAGCGCGAGUACAACAUAAAUGAUGGAAAUGAAAAAGAAUUUCUUCCAAUGUUGGGCCACUAUAAUUAACUUCACAUAUCCAUCACUGAUUGCUUGGAUUUUUCUUCCAUCUAAUUUUAUACAAUUCGCCACUACGAUGCUAUUCAAAAACUGUUAUUUGAGCUGUGGCCUCGGCGACAACUGCUGGGUCUAAGGUAGAUAGUUAAUAAAAAUUAUAUAAAGAGAAUUAACAUUGUCAUUGCGCAAAGAUGAAAGAUACAUCAAUAAACUGAAUAAAUUAUUAUAUUUCAAUGAA